AUGGCGCAGAGUCUUGAAUCAAGGCCUACAGUCGUGGACUUUCGCGACGAAAGCCCGUGGGUGCAGCUAGCCAAGGCCCACUGGCUGAACGCGAAAGUCCGCAAGGCCAAGGCAGAUGUCAUCAAGAAGCAAUUGUGGGAUCCUUUAGAGGCAGAGGCCUUCAAUAGUCGCUCGCUAUUGAUCCUAGAGAAUCUGAACAUUCUUGAGAAGUUCCUGUGGCCGACCUACACUGAGGACGCAUCAAACCAUCAUGUGCUGCUGAUUGCCUUGAUUGUCAGCGUGAAACAUCGCGAGCACUUGCCGAUAUGGGCCUUAGACAUCUUCUCCGACCGUCCCGAUGACUUCUCCAAUCUCUUCCACCGGAUCCUCUCGAUGAGCAUUGGCCAUUCAAUCUCGAUUCGCUCUCGACUUUCGAUCAUAUCAUUCAUUAUCAGUGCCUUCCAGUCUCUCGAGAACACACUUAUUCGCAAAGAAUGUGCGCCCCUCGUUUCGAUCUCAGUCUGGCACAACCUGGCUAGCGACGCAACCAGAGAGCGCAUCAUUGCGAAAGCCCCAGCACUCCGAAAGGCAUGGAGAGCCUCAACAAAACGUUACGAGGCUGCCGACGAUGCGGCCAAAGCAAAGAUGCGCUUUGAACGUUCAUGGUUAUACACAAUGCUCUUGGAUUUCUUUCAAAGGAUGAAUGGGCCUGACAAGGACCAGAAUGAGAACUUGUUAUACUGCGAACGUUUUAUGGAGCUUUUGGUUGAUCUCGAAAGUCAGCUUCCAACUAGGCGCUAUGUUAACACGCUAUUGAAGGACCUCAACCUUCUACCAGUCAUUCGCCUUUCACAAUUAUAUCGCGUUCCCGAGAAUGCGCUCCUCCGUGACUUCCACGGGCUGCUCGAGCAUUUUGUCGAGUUUGCAAUCGACGACUACACCGGGGAGGCUCUCUCUCCACAGGGAGUGUACGAUCUACACUGCCAACGAUUGUCCCAGUUGCAAAGAACCUCAAUGAAGUUCUUCAAAGACAAACUCAUGAUUCUUGCACUCUCCAACAUGGGAUCGAUUGAGAAGCGAACAGAUCUAGAGGGACAGCUGGCUUCACUAGAUGAGUCCGAACUCGAGAGCCUUUGUGGCCACCUGGGUUUCCGCACAAGCUACCCAAAAUCUUCGAAUAUCACCUUGGACCGGCAAUUUUAUCUCGAAGUUUUGGCAUCUUUCUAUGAACGCAAGAUCCCGUUCCAAGAAGCAGUCGAGAAGUUGAGCCCCCUCCCGACAUUAGAACAUCUAUACGAUCCGGCCCUGUUGCGGAAUGAGACAUACGAUGGAUCCAGGCCUCUGGCAAUCCCCAAGCUGAACCUCCAAUAUCUGAGUCUUGGAGACUUCCUUUGGCGCUCAUUCCUUCUCUACCGCUCGGAAGCAUUCUUCCAGAUCCGCAAGGAUAUGGAGUCAGUUCUGAAACGCCUACAGCCAAAGGCGGCCCGUGAUGGAAGCACCAUCUUCGAGGGCUUCUCGCGGAUGGCAAUUCCAAUCUCGAAGCCUGCUAUCAUUGAUGUUGCGCCCCCAAAGGUUGGGCAAACACAGCCGGCUUUCGUUAGAGCCGAGAUCGCGAUAGAGGUGGGAAGGCUCGCCGAUAAUGUCAGGAGAGAAUGGGACUCGCUCCGUCCUGACGAUGUCGUCUAUCUUUUGGCAGUUCACCCCCCGACUGCCGCUCACCCGGGACAGGCUGCUACCGAGGCCCCGAAGUUGACCCAUCUUCGAACCGCCGAGAUCGUACAGGUGCUCGAUGAGCAAGGUCGGGCACUGCGGCAAUACCCUGGUCAGACAAAUGGCUCACAGUCCCGGGCACGGUUGCGAAGAUUGAUCGUGAACUUGGAUGCGGCUGCGUUCAAAGCGGACAAGGACAAGCAGGCCCAUGGCAAAGCGGACGUUUACCCCAUGAUCAACGUCAUUGUACGAAGAAAGGGCAGGGAGAACAACUUCAAGUCAAUUUUGCAAACGAUGCAGAAGCUCAUCGUGUCCGAUAUGACACUUCCUUCUUGGCUUCAAGAUAUCUUCCUGGGCUAUGGAGAUCCCGCCGGUGCUCAAUACACACAACUACCCAACCGACUCAACACCGUCGACUUCCGAGAUACCCUUUUGGACUGGUCUCAUUUGGUCGAAAGCUUCCCGGGGAUUCAGCCUUCGGCGGCUGAGAACUCCAGCUUCGGACCCCCCUACGUUAUCCAUUAUGGUAACCAAGAGCCUGUGGCAGAGCCUCCCGCGCCCAAAAAGCGACGCCGGGAACAAGCUGCAGAGGCACACUCGGCGCCUAGCAACAUGAUGGUUUCCACAUACAAGCCACCAAACCCUGGUCCCUACCCUGUCGACGCACCCAAAUUGAACAAGGUCCGAUUCACGCCCGCCCAGGUGCAAGCAAUUGCAUCAGGAACACAGCCUGGACUCACUGUCAUCGUCGGACCGCCUGGUACCGGAAAGACUGAUGUCGUAACCCAAAUCAUUAACAACAUCUACCACAACUUCCCCAAAGAACGAACGCUACUCAUCGCACACAGCAACCAAGCGCUUAAUCAACUGUUCCAGAAAAUUAUUGCUCUUGAUAUUGAUGAACGGCACUUGCUGCGAUUGGGCCACGGCGAAGAAGAGUUGGAAACUGAGUCCAACUACAGUAAAUACGGACGAGUCGAAUCCUUCCUUGAUAAUCGCAAUCAAUAUCUAUCGGAGGUGAUGCGGCUGGCAGCAUCAAUUGGAGUUGAGGGUGCGCAUGGAAACUCUUGUGAGACUGCAGGCUACUUCAACACAGUUUAUGUCCAGCCGGCAUGGGCCAAAUUCUGGGAUCGUGCACACUCCGAAGGAGUAUCAUCUGAAGAGAUUAUUUCCUCCUUCCCGUUCCAUGCAUACUUUGCAAACGCCCCCCAGCCUCUCUUCGAAGCUGAAGCCGCAAAGGAAGCGAUCAUCGACACCGCAGCAGGUUGUCAACGCCACAUUGCUCGAAUCUUCUCUGAAUUAGAAGACAUUCGGCCAUUCGAGAUCCUAAGACAACCUCGCGACAAGGCGAACUAUCUCCUCGUGAAGGAGGCCCGAAUAAUCGCAAUGACCUCUACCCAUGCAGCUAUGCGCCAGCAAGAGAUUGCUGAUCUCGGCUUCCACUACGACAACGUGGUCAUGGAGGAAGCUGCACAAAUCACCGAAGUCGAGAGUUUCAUCCCCAAUGCUCUUCAGAACCCCAAGAACGGCGAACUUCCACUGAAGCGUGUGGUUCUCUGUGGUGAUCACUAUCAGAACUCCCCAAUCAUUCAGAACAUGGCCUUCCGCCAAUAUGCCCAUUUCGAACAAAGUCUCUUCUUAAGGCUGACACGACUGGGUGUCCCCGUGAUCAAUCUGGAUAAGCAGGGCCGUGCGCGACCUUCCAUUGCAGAGCUCUUCCGCUGGCGGUAUAAGGAACUCGGAGAUCUCCCGGUCGUUGAGACUGCUCCGGAGUACCAGAAGGCCAAUGCCGGUUUCCAGUUCGAUUACCAGUUCAUCGAUGUGCCCGACUACGAGGGAUCCGGUGAGCGGGAGCCGACACCUCACUUCAUCCAGAACCUGGGCGAAGCCGAAUACGCAGUGGCCAUAUACCAGUACAUGCGCCUCUUGGGCUACCCUGCCUCCAAAAUCUCGAUCUUGGCCACGUAUGCUGGACAGACAGCUCUGAUCCGGGAUGUGUUGACUCACCGCUGUCUCAAGAAUCCCAUGUUUGGGAUGCCCAAGAUCGUGACGACGGUGGAUCGGUACCAGGGAGAGCAGAAUGAUUAUGUGAUCCUUUCGCUUACUCGAACCCGCAGCGUCGGAUACCUGCGCGAUGUCCGUCGUCUCACCGUCGCUCUCUCCCGCGCUCGGCUGGGUCUGUACAUCCUCGGCCGGCGUGAAGUUUUUGAAUCGUGCUACGAGCUCAAGCCCGCAUUCGACCUUCUUCUACAGCGGCCUGAUAAGCUCUUGCUGGCACCUGGCGAGAUGUUCCCGUCUUCGCGAGAGGCUAACGCUGCGGUUGAGGGUACGCCGAUGGCGAGUGUUGAGCACAUUGGACAGUAUGUGUUUGAGAUGACGCAGGCCAAGAUCAAGGCCAUGGGCGAUGGAGAUAUCACCAUCGGCGAUGCCGCACCUGAUGGUGAGGAAGAUGGUUAUGUAGAUGAGGAUGAGGUCAUGGGCGCUGAUGAGGGGGAUGAAGAUAUUGUAUGA